CAGACGCGACCGAAACGUGCAUGAAUCGCCAUCGCCAUUCGGGAGAGGUAACAACGCUGUUCUGCUUUAACAUCUCGUCUGAAAAUUUUUAACCGAGAGAAACAUGACCAAAAAUGUGCUGAGGAAGCCGAUGGAAAACGGCGAUUAUCGCGGGGCUUAUGGACAGGCUUAUAAAGAUAAGAGCAAACCCACGGAUAUCCGCAGCAGCAACAUCAAUGCCGCUAAAGCUGUUAGCGAUGCGAUACGGACGAGUCUUGGACCCAGGGGAAUGGACAAGAUGAUUCAAGCUAGUAAUGGAGAAGUUACUAUCACAAAUGAUGGUGCUACUAUCCUAAAAGAAAUGAAUGUAAUCCAUCCUGCUGCAAAGAUGCUUGUUGAGUUGUCUAAAGCUCAGGAUGUAGAGGCUGGUGAUGGUACAACGAGUGUUGUUGUGAUAUGUGGUGCACUUUUGGAGGUGGCGGAACGCUUGUUGCAGAAAGGUAUUCAUCCUACUUCGAUUAGUGAUGCUUUUCAGAAAGCAGCAGCUGAAGGAGUAUUGAUUCUGUUACACAUGUCCAUACCUGUUGACCUAACGGAUAAAGAAUCUCUUGUAAAGGUUGCUGCAACAUCUCUCAAUUCCAAGGUUGUGCAUCAACAAUCUAGUCUUCUUGCACCACUUGCUGUAGAUGCAGUAUUAAAAGUUACAGAAGAAGGAAAGGAAAUAUCAGUUGACUUAAAUGAUAUUAAAGUAAUAAAAAAAUUGGGAGGUACUGUCGAAGAUACCGAAUUAAUAGAAGGAUUGAUAUUUACCCAAAAAUCUUGUAAUAUUAAUGGCCCGAAACGUAUAGAAAAAGCUAAAAUUGGAUUGAUUCAAUUCUGCAUUUCGCCGCCAAAAACUGAUAUGGAUCAUAAUGUUGUUGUAUCUGACUAUGCGGCGAUGGAUCGUGUCUUAAAGGAAGAACGUGCUUAUAUAUUGAAUAUCAUUAAACAGAUCAAGAAAACUGGUUGCAAUGUACUCCUAGUGCAAAAGUCGAUUUUGCGUGAUGCCAUUAGUGAUCUCGCAAUACAUUUCUUAGACAAGAUUAAAGUUAUGGUAAUAAAAGAUGUAGAGCGCGAGGACAUUCCCUUUGUGUGUAAAACGCUAGGUUGCCGGCCGAUCGCAUCGUUGGAUCAUUUUGUGGCCGAAAAUCUUGUUAACGCAGAACUUUGCGAAGAAGUUCAAACCGGAAACUCGAAAUUUGUUAAGAUCACAGGCAUUCAAAAUCAUGGAAAAACGGUCACAGUUCUUGUGCGCGGUAGCAACAAAUUAGUCUUGGAAGAAGCCGAAAGAUCGCUACACGAUGCUUUGUGCGUCAUCCGGUGUUUAGUAAAACAAAGAGCACUGAUCGCCGGUGGCGGUGCACCAGAAAUUGAAUUAGCAUUAAAACUAGGAGAAUACGCAGUGACCUUAGGUGGAGUUGAUGCAUACUGUAUCAAGGCCUUUGCAAAUGCACUUGAAGUGAUUCCGUCAACGUUAGCCGAGAAUGCAGGUUUGAAUCCGAUAGCAACAGUAACUGAACUUCGCAAUCGACACGCGAAGGGUGAAGUAACAGCGGGAAUUAACGUACGAAAGGGCGCCAUUACUAAUAUAUUGGAAGAGAACGUAAUUCAACCAUUGUUGGUUUCUACCAGUUCGAUAACUCUCGCUUCCGAAACCGUACGCAGUAUACUGAAAAUUGAUGACAUUGUCAAUACAAAUCAAUAAAUCAGAAAAUGCAAUUUAAAAUUGAUUUUAAAUUUACAUAGCACGAUAAAUAUAAUUAGUAAUAAUAAUAUCAUAUACUCUCUUCACGUGUUAUCAAUAUACGCAAUAUGGUUUUCGUUACAAAUUUAUCCACGUUCAUCAUAUUUGUUUGAUUGAUAUUAUAAAAACCUAUUCACCUUAACAAUUAGAAUAUGUUUUUUGCAAAAGCUUUACAUAAUGUAUUUUUUAAACGCGUUAAUACUGAGAACAAUAAAAAGUUUACGAGAUA